UCAUUCAUGAAUUCUUGUUUUCUCCAUUUAUGAAUUUUGUUCUUUCUCUUCUGUAUGCCAUUAUGAAAUAUAAUUACAUACAGACACAAACAUAAAAGGGUAGUCACGUGAGUAAUUACCAUUUUUUCAGAAGGGCAUUUACGUCCUUUCACUUCUCAUUACUCUCUCCUCUCUCAUUUUUAUAUCGCGCCAUGUCCCUUCCAUUUUCAUUUUCCUCCUCCUCACUCAAACAAACAAAAAGAAAAACUAUAGUAUAAAUUUGUACGUAAACUUACUAUGUAUUUUUAUUUUAUUUUUACGUUCAUUUAUAAUAUAGUUUCGUUUCAAGUUUGAAUAUAGAGGAAGUUGAGAACAGAGAAGUGAAGGCUCUUUUAUUUUAUUUUAUUUUUUAUUUCUGCAAGAGUGUUAGUGCACUGACCUGUUAGUUUCUGUUUGUUUGUCGUCGUAAAUGGCGACUGGUUGGGUGAAAUCAUGGCAAUGCAAGUCAAGAGCAUUAGACGACGUCGUUAACAAUCACCACCACCAUCAAUAUCACCUCUUACCCAACUCUGCUAGUUGCAAAAAUGGCGUCAAAAGCCUCAAAGAUGUAGUGGAAAAUAACAGAAAUGGAAAACCCAGGAAGAAAAAAUCGGGUCGGCAGCCGGAGCUGACCCGACCCGGUUUGAAAGGAGCUGAACUGAGUUCGAAUAAGGAGAAGUUGGAGAAGUCUAGGGCGAGUACUUCCACGAGACUUGCACGUGCUCGGACGGAUUCGUUCUUCCCGGCGCUGACGGAGUUGCCGGAAGGUCACCCUUCGAGGAAUGUGGUCGGGAUAAUAUUUCAGACGAGUUGGUCGCCGAAGGUAUUUACGGGUCGGGUCGAAAUGGUGUUCAAGGUUCAGAAUUUGCCCCGAACUGCGACCCGGUUCGAAGAGUACAGAGACAUCGUGAAGUCUCGCGGCGGCACCGCGGCGGAGAAGGGUGGGGAAGACCAUGCACGGUGUGUAGCAGAUGGUAACGAGGUUAUGAGGUUUUACUGCCUGGGACCCACCAACGGCGGCGCGUACGAAGCUACAGGCAGCGCGUGGACGUUUUCCACCGGUAAAGGGGCGGCGGUGUGCACGUAUUCCGGCAGCGGUGCGGCUCACGAGAAUGCCGGCGGUGGAAGAGGGAGACGGGCUAUGUUGGUUUGUCGGGUCAUAGCGGGUCGGGUCUGUAAGGAACUCGGGUUCGACUCGUUGAUUGAAGGCCGAGUUGGGUAUGACUCAGUGAGUGGGGAUAAUGGCGAGUUACUAGUAUUUGAUUCACGUGCAGUAUUACCAUGUUUUCUUAUCAUCUACAAAUUGUAAAAAAAAAUGGAUUUUCAUAAAAUUAAGAUGAACUUGGUUUUAAAUUUCUAAUUUCCUAGUAGUAUAUCUUUUUUAUUUAAAUUUUUUGGGCUUUGUAAUUAUGCAAUAUUGGAUAUAAAUACUUCCUUUGA